GGCUGACACGUGCGGCGGGGCGGCCGGCGGCCGCGGCUAGGGCCACCCCCCUCCCCUUCCUCCUCCCCUCCUCGCUAUGCUGCGCUCUCGCCGGGCCCCUCAGCGGACUCGACGCACAGCAGCGAUGGAGCCGGCCGGGCUCCUGUGAGGCCGCCGCCGGACCCAGCAUGGCCUCGGCGGGGUCCCCGGAGCAGCGGCUCCCCGGGGCGGAGCGGCCGGCGGCGGCGGCGGGGGGCCGGGCGGAGGCGCCGCGGUGCCGCAGUUUGCCCGCGCUCGGCUCCCCCCUGGCGGCCGGGGGGGGCGGCGGCGGCCGGCCGAGCCCCGCCGAGGGACCCGCUCCCGAGGCCGAGCGGGGCGAGGGCGCCGCCGCCGUCGCCGAGGCUGGCCGGCUCCCCGCCGCCGCCAGCGGCAGCGGGAGCUUCCCCUGGAAGACGGAGGGCAGCCAGCCGGCGGCGCCCGGUCGAGGGGUAUCCCUGGGCCCCCCGCUGCUGCUGCCUCCGCCGCCGCCGGCGCUGCUGCUGGCGGGCCCCCCGGGCAGAGCGUGCCUGCGGGCAGUGCUGGCGGACUCGCGCUUCUUCCUGGUGUGCAUGUGCUUCCUGACCUUCAUCCAGUCCCUCAUGGUCUCCGGCUACUUGAGCAGCGUCAUCACCACCAUCGAGCGGAGAUACAGCCUCAAGAGCUCGGAGUCGGGGCUGCUGGUCAGCUGCUUCGACAUCGGGAGCCUGGUGGUGGUGGUCUUCAUCAGCUACUUCGGGGGUCGCGGGCGGAGGCCGCUCUGGCUGGCCGUAGGGGGGCUUUUCAUCGCCCUGGGCGCUGCGCUCUUCUCCUUACCUCACUUCAUCUCUCCGCCGUACCAGAUCCAGGAACUGAACUCCUCCGUCAGUAACGAGGGCUUGUGCGUGGCCGGCAAUGGCACUGCCAAAGAGCAGUGGGACUCAUCGGCCUGCAUCAAGGACACCGGUGGAAACGACCACUCUCUCUAUGUAGCUUUAUUCAUUUGUGCCCAAAUCCUCAUUGGCAUGGGCUCGACACCCAUCUAUACCUUGGGACCAACCUACUUAGAUGACAAUGUCAAGAAAGAAAACGCCUCGCUUUACCUAGCCAUCAUGUACGUAAUGGGAGCACUUGGACCUGCAGCUGGAUACUUAUUAGGAGGACUCCUUAUUGGUUUCUAUGUUGAUCCUAGGACAACUGUGUACAUUGACCAGAGCGAUCCCCGAUUCAUUGGGAACUGGUGGAGUGGAUUUCUCCUUUGUGCCAUUGCUAUGCUCCUUGUGAUAUUUCCCAUGUUUACCUUUCCGAAAAAGCUCCCUCCUCGACAUAAAAAAAAGAAAAAGAAGAUGAAUUCUGAUGAUGUUUCAAGUGAUGAUGAUGUGAUGAAAGAGAAAACAAGUAGCAAAACAGAAACAGACAGUUCAGUUUCUGCCUCUAUGGGAUUUGGAGAGAAUGUUAAAGAGCUUCCAAGAGCAGCUGUCAGGAUCUUAAGCAACAUGACAUUCCUUUUUGUGAGUUUGUCAUACACAGCUGAGAGUGCCAUUGUCACAGCUUUUAUUACCUUCAUUCCCAAGUUCAUCGAGUCACAGUUUGGCAUCCCAGCUUCCAAUGCCAGCAUCUACACUGGUGUGAUUAUUGUCCCAAGUGCUGGUGUUGGUAUUGUCCUAGGUGGCUACAUUAUAAAAAAGCUGAAACUUGGUGCAAGAGAGUCUGCAAAGUUGGCUAUGAUCUGCAGUGGUGUGUCUCUGCUGUGCUUUUCAACACUCUUCAUUGUUGGAUGUGAAAGCAUUAAUCUAGGGGGAAUAAAUAUUCCUUACACAACUGGUCCCACUCUUGCCAUGGCCCACAGGAAUCUGACUGGAAGCUGUAAUGUUAACUGUGGAUGUAAGAUUCAUGAGUACGAGCCUGUCUGUGGAUCAGAUGGAAUAACAUAUUUUAAUCCUUGCCUAGCUGGCUGCAUCAGUAGUGGAAACCACAGCACAGGGGUCAGAAAUUACACAGAAUGUGCCUGUGUGCAGAGUCGCCAGGUGAUCACUCCGCCGACUGUGGGCCAGCGCAGUCAGCUCCGGCUGGUGAUUGUCAAAACCUACCUGAAUGAGAACGGCUACGCUGUGUCUGGGAAGUGUGACCGAACCUGCAACACGCUCAUCCCAUUCCUCAUCUUCCUCUUCAUUGUAACCCUUAUAACAGCAUGUGCCCAGCCAUCAGCAGUCAUAGUGACACUCAGGUCUGUGGAAGAUGGGGAGCGGCCCUUUGCACUAGGAAUGCAGUUUGUUUUAUUGAGAACUCUUGCUUACAUUCCCACUCCAAUUUAUUUUGGGGCUGUUAUUGACACCACGUGCAUGCUUUGGCAACAGGAUUGCGGCGUACAGGGAUCUUGUUGGGAAUACGAUGUCACCUCGUUUCGCUUUGUCUACUUCGGGUUGGCAGCUGCUCUCAAGUUCGUGGGAUUCUUUUUUAUUUUCCUGGCCUGGUAUUCCCUAAAGUGUAAAGAAGAACAACUGCUGAGACAGAGUUGGAGGGCUUCACCGGUGAACACUGUGAGUGAGAUGGUUGGACAAGCUGGACCCCAACAAAACUAUGCACGGACUAGAUCCUGCCCUACCUUCAGUUCCCAAGGAGACAUGAGUGUGGCACAAGGAAUGAACAGCUUAGCACAGACCUACCCCGGCCCUUUUUCAGAAGCAAUAAAUUCCUCAAAUGAAAAUGCAUUGGAAGAAGUCACUGUUGAGAUAUAGACCCCUGGCUUGGUAAUGUAAUAUUUAGUUUUGUUGGUUGACUUAGUUACGGCGCCUUGUAAAACACCUGUGCCUUCUAUUUUUAAUCUAAAUGUAACAUGUGAUAAAACCAACAAAGCUUGAUGCAAACAACCAUAAUGUGUUCCUGAGGGCUGGAUACCUCAAACCAACCCGAGUUCUUAUUUCUCCCCUCCCAACAAUGGAGUUUUAAAAAUUGUGUUUGUAAUUAUUUCAGAUGUGUCCAUUAAAUGUCCAUGCUCUGAUCUAAUAUCAUUGUAAAGUUGAGGUGUUACGAACAGCAGAAGUCAGUGGAAGAGUGACAAAAACUCAUAUUGUUGAUGUCUAGACUCACAAAAAUGCUUAAAUGUAUUGUCAACUUUGUAUCUGCAAAUUGUAUUUUUAAGAGAUGAGUGAUUACUGUGAGUUCUGCUACAAAGCACAACUGAACUUAUUUAAACUAUGCAACUUAUUUGGAUAUUUGUAUGUGCAGCAAAUUAAGUUUAAAGCUUGCUUUUAAAGACAUUACUGCAACUGAAUUUGAAAGGGGCUAUUUUCAGGCGUAAUCAUUAAAUUAAAUCAUAACAUAAGGUUUAAAGUACUGUUAAUAACAUGUCAAGCCAUACAAGAGUUAAGCAUCAGGUAACAUUUGCAAAUGUUGCAUUGUAACAUCUUUAUCCUGUCAAAAUGUGCAUUAAUUUUCACCUGAUGGGAUGUAGUCAUUCUUCACAAAGUAUAUAGGAUACUGUAAUGCUUGAAGUAAAAAACUUCAGUAUUGGUUUAUAGUAACAUUAACAUGUAGGAAUCAUACACAUAUGCCAGAGCAGAUAUGUGCAUAUUUCUGCAAUGUUAUUUGGGUGGCUGUUACUAGCACCAAAUCCAAUUUUCCUGAAGAAGAAAACAGCUGGUUAUAUCUUGAUAGGAAGUUUGGCUGUCCUUCAGAAUUGCAUGCCAGUCUAGUUCAGUUUCAGUGGGAAAGUCCUGAGGGAGAGCUGAUGGCCUCGUCUGGUGUCUGGGACCUGGCGGGUCCCUCACAGCCAGUGGCAGCAGAGUUCAGGCUGCAGGAGUGAGCAGAGGAGCCCCUCCAGGGGGCUGCAAGCAGCCUGCCCACCGUGGUGCCAGCUGGGAGGCUCUCCCUGCCCUCCUGGCACUGCGAGGCACUGAGCAGCCUGACACCCAGGGCAGCUGGGAAGGGAGGCUGGCUCAGACCUUAUUCUCUGCCAUGCUUCUGCUUCUCCAGCUGCCCGGUGCUGGGCAGGCUGGUGGGACAGGUCCUGGUUGUGUGGUGUGUCCCACACGUCUGCCUUUCCUUUUCUCACCUUCACUGAAAGCUCCUGUGAAGGCAAAGGGUGAGUUUGUCUCUCCUUUGGCCCUCCGGGUGAAGAGCUAAGAGUAGAAAUUAUCAGCAAGUGUGGACUCACAGGACAUGACGUGGCCUUUGUUUAUUCCAAAUUGCUGUAGUGUGUUCUCUCCCUGGUUGAGAUGCUGAAACUUUCUAAUCGAAUGUGCUUGGCAUUUCAUUUCUUGCUCUGGAGGCUUUGUAGUGCCAUGCUCAUGAGGUACUAAUGAUGUCUCAAAGGGCAGAAAAUUAUCUCAAUUGGACACGGGGAAGUCAAGGCUGUAUUGUGCCCUGCAGGGGAAGUCUUAGAAGUGUAGGAAAUGAAAAAGCAGUCUUUUAAGACAACUCAGUGAUAGUCUGGUUUGCAUUUUGCUGAGUAGAGAACUUGUGUGAAAAUAAAUAGGAAAGAGCAGAGCUUCUACAUAUUUUUGAACAGUUAUUCCUGAUUUAAUUGUUCAAUUUAGAACAUGUAUAUUGAUCAAACAUUACCUGGAACCAAGUCCUUUAAAAUAGAGGCAGUACUAUCCCUGGCAUCCAUUGAGUUGUCCUGGGAAGAGUAGAUUUCCCUCUCUGCCUUUGCCAACUGCCUUUUAUCAUCACCUGGAUCUUCUUGACCAGCACAUGGGACUACCCAUGGGGCUGCUUAUUUCAGAAUGUGUCAGUCCAUUUAUGUAGUUUGUAACAAUUCUUACUCUUCCUGUCUGAAAACUCCAAUUCUUCUACCCCAAACAUAGAGGAAUAUUGUUUUGACCUCUUCCUACUAUUCUGUCCAUAUUAACAGCCUUUUUUGGGUUAAGCCUGAGAAUGUCUUUUCCUUUUAUGCAGCCACUGGAUACGUGUCCUCAGUUAGUACACACUUCCUGAGAUGAUUGGCUUCUACACUUCUUGUCCUGAGAAAUAAAUUAAUUUCCUUGGCUCCAAGGUGUUUGGUGUAUGUGUGUGUGUGUGUGUGUGUGUAUAUAUACACGUAUAUAUAUAUACAUAUAUAUACAUAUACACACACACACACACAUAUAUAUAUAGAUAUAUAUAUAUAUACACACACACAUAUAUAUAUAUAUUUGCUAUAGGAGAUCAGAAUAGAUGAUAAAAAUGUUUCCUUUUGCUUCAGUCUCAAAUGCUUGUUGCACCAAGAAUUUUAUAUCACGGGGAAAAUUGGCAAAGUAGUAUGACAAAGUGUAAUUUUAGCCCAGCCCUCAUCCAUUUUUAUCACUUCCCCAUUUUAAUCGUCACAGGGAGAAGUGAAGAGUGACAAUCUUUUCAAAUACCUCAGGAACAGAGCCUUUAGGGAACUGUAAAGGACUGAAGAUUAAUCAUCUGUCCUGUAUUUCAUGCCUUGUGUGCUUCAGUUCCAUACAAAAACCAAGGAAGAGCAGAUUAGGAUUGUCAGGAACUAAUGGCACUGAUGCCAAAGAAUGAGAGUGAUAAAAGUGACACUUCUGCAGCUGCUGCUGUUUCUGAGCUUUCAAGGGAUUUCAGAGCUUGUUGCAAUGGAAACCAUCUAUUUUUUAGGAUAUCUUGACCCUUUGACUUCCAAGAACAUUCAUAUUUCCUAAAUACAUUUCUUUCUACAUUCCACUUUUCCUAUUGAAAAAGUGGAAUGUAGAAAGAAAGAUGUUAACUUUGGAAAUACUGAAAAAGCCUUCUUUACAUACUUUCAAUUUUAAUUUUUAAUUGGAAAAUAAAUUUUAAUUUUUCUUUAAGUAUUACAUGCAAAACAAAAUGUAAUUCCUUUUCAAGCAAUUUUUUUCUGGUUUUGGAUAAAGAUAAUUUUGGCAAUGCAAAUAAAUUUCUAUAAAACCAGUUAAGUCAGCGUCCUCUGAAAGAAAGAAAACCCAAACACUGGCCAAUUUUAGAUUGAUUCCUGAAAGAGGGUUUCUCGUGAGUAAUCUGUAACAGUCUAAACUAAGCCAAUAAGGAUAUGCAGGGGAAACAUAUUUUCUUCCUAGAAAUGUCAGUUCCAGCAUUGCCAUUGACCGAUGUAUGGACUGAACUGCUGACCAAACACUGUGCUCUGAGGCUGCCACUGCUGGAGGAAGCAGCAUCUCCAGACUCGAGUGCACCCCUUGCAGUAUUUGUGUUUGACACCUGGUGCUAAACCAACUUCACAGGAACUAAAAAAGAACUUUGCCUGACAUCUGGUGAAGGGGCCCAUGCUGCCUUCCUACUGUGAGAUCCUCUCACCAUAGAAUAUAAAAUUCCAGUAAGUUGUAAAUUUUGCCACCUUCCCUCUCUGUCCCUGAGCACAAAAGGUUUGCUGGCAGUGAGUACAAGGAAAGGUGAAGCAGGUGUCCUGCUCACCCACAGGCUGCUAUUGGUAGCAAACCCAAGUCACCUGCCUGCAGCUUACCAGCCAGUGAUAAUACGGAGCAACAUCUGGUGAUGGUCAAAGUGCCACCAUGCCAUCACAGGGACAGACUAAUCCCUCUUCCACCACUUAGUCCUGAUUUAGUGUGAGGAACACGAGAGGAGGAGUAGCCCAAAUACAUGGACUUGAGUAAACAGGUUAAUUGUCCCUGCUUAGCCUCCCAUUCACCCUUGUUUCCUCAAAAAGGAGAAAACUUCAGAAUGGAUGCAGCCAUGGCCUUAGGUGCUUAUGGAUGCAGCACCCUCAGGAGAUAAUUUGAAGAUCUUUGCAGGGCUGGAGUAAUCUGGAGAGUGGGACUGUCCAUGUUUCCAGUUUUAGUCAAAAGCCCUCUGGUUUUGGUCCUCCUUCUCCUUGAGCAUACUGGAUAAAAUACAGUAUAAUUUGGAACCAAGGACAUUUUACAGCCUGUCAGUACAGUGUGAGCAGCUGCAAGAACCUUUUAAUAUUUUGGUACAAUUUGUAUUUAUUUGGAAAAUUUCUGUUCUUUGGCCAGCCUGUAUAUCUUUAAAAGUGCAUGUAGUUCUUCAGAACUUACUGUUAUGUAAGUGGAGGCACAAAUCUCCUACUAAGUAUUAGAAAAGUACAUUCAAAAGGUCCUAAAUUAAUAUACUGUUUUCAAAAAUAUGGAGGUUUUUUGUAUUGCUUAUUAAUUAGUAGUAUUAGCUAUUCAUUCAUUAUGGCUCUGAUCCAGCAGAACACUUAAUAUGAGGGUAAAUUUAUAUAUUUAAGUAAUGCACUUGAAAAUAAUGUACAUUUGUAAGUAUGGGACUGAAUCCUUUCUGCAUUCAAAAAAAAAUCAUUUAUCCAAAGAGUAUUUCUAUGCUGAGUGUUUCCCCCAUGGUUUCAGUGAUAAUUGUAACCAGAAUAGCACAAAGUAGCACUUGAGCACUCUCCUGUGGCAUUCAGGUAUGGCUGCUUACAUAUCCAGCAGUGGAGGAAGGCUGUCAUUUUCAAAUAGAAUUCAAAUUCAAAAUAUUUUGUGGGAAUGGUCUAAGAUUCAUUCUUACUCUUCCUGCCAUUCACUUAUUUUAUAAAUUUCUGUCUGAAAACCUGUGUGUUACGUGGGGAGAUAGAUUAAAUAAAGGCAUCCUUCUGACCCUAGAGCCAAUGAAAUUGCUCAAGUAAUGCUGUAGACUCCAACUGUGCCCUUUCACAGAACUCAGACCUAGAGGUUCAGAUGAGAAAUUGUCAGCAUCCUGCACAAACGGAGCAGAGCACUGCCUGCUCAGGGGAACUUCAGAGAGCAUUUCUGGGACAGGGGUCAGCACUUUCUGCGCUGCUCUUGCAGGUUUUCCCCCCAAAAUGCCUGAAUAAUUGCUGCCUUACUACACUUUUCUGUGCACGUGAUACCACAGCCCUUCAUGGUGUUAUAUUGACAUAAAACUGAUGAUAAAUAGGUCCAAAGUGUCUUACUGCUAUUUUGGAGCCAGAUUCUUGGCCCCACCUGUCCAGUGUUGAGGCUGAAGAACUAGGCCAUACCUUGUGUUGGAAGUUAACAAGCUGGUGCUUUAGCAAGUGUGUGUGAACUAGGGAAUAUCAAGCUUGUUUAGCUUUUAUACUCUAUUCACUGGUUAUUACUACUAAUUUUGGAGAUUGAAGACAAAAAACUUCCUAAACAAGUUUAUCUUUUUCUGUUUUCUCAGUAAUGUGUCUUUUACAACGGCUUAGGAGAGGUCAUGCUGCAUGCUUCAGAAUUUGGGUUUUCCCAGCUGAAGCCAUCCAGCUGUGGUUGCUUGCCAGGGGCUUAAAGCAGCUGGUAACAGAGAUUUACCAGGACUGCAACCUGCAUUGUCAUUGCUUUGGACAGAGUGCUUGCUACUUAGAGAUUACACCUGGAAUCAACACAUUUCAGGUUCUUCACAUACUGGACUUGAUUCUUUGGGCGUUUUCAUCGCUUCAGAGUGCUUACAAAAUGGACAGUCAACAUCAUGGUGGGAGAUUUAUUCUUUGGUAGGGAAUUAGGGCUUUCUUCUUUUUUUCUUUUAAUGUGUUGUUUGACAAAUAACAAUUCAAAAAGAUUGCAUGUAAGCAUUGUCACAGAGUGGAGAUGUGGGGCCUUCAGUGUGAGGACAGGGUAUGGGUGAGUUCAUGGGGUUUGUCUCCUUUACACUGCAAUCACUAAUACAUGUUACUUUGUGGCCAAAGGUUUGAAAGCCUGCCUGAUCCUCAGGAAAGAAAAUUUUCCUAUAUUUUCCUCAUAAUUUAUUGUGGAAAUUAAGGAGGAAGGUUAACACUACCCAUGUCCUGUGGCCAUAUUUGUUGCAUUAAACUACUGUUAACAGCUACAGUUAAUAAUUUCAGCAGGCACCCUUCCAGUCUUUCAGCUCAGCUAUCUUUUUUGUUAAUGCAGCCUGUUAAACACAGAUGUAGCUCUGCAAUUUCACAGUAGCUCCAAAGUUUUCUUGACUUCAAGUGUUACAGAAUAGAUCCUUAUUUAUCCAGGUUCCAUUCUACUCUUCUAAUUAUUGCAUUAUCCAUUGUGUGUAUUGUAUUUUUUUAUUUUUCCAAUCUCAAACCAGUUGUCACAACAUUAUCCUGUAACAGUGUUUUGUUCAUUAUAUAGAAUAGGUGAAAAGCUGUUGAAUUCAUGAAGGGCUACAAAAAGCAUCCAGAAUGUUGUUCACCUUGAGGAAGGGUGAGACAGCUUGAUAAUCUCUGGACAAAAGACUAAACAACACUGUGGUGCUAAUAGGUACUGAAGUAUUUUACGAUGUAUUCACUAUGACUUAAAUGACAUACUCAAGGCAUGUCAGUGAUGCAACUGCGUGUGUUUCUGUUCCUAAAGUCUGGACUGCUCCAACAAGGACAGUGUUUGUAAUUCCUGGUGGGCCAAUUCCUACCUAGCUCUUCUGUGGCUAAGCAAUUUCAGGAAUCUCUGUAGGAUUUGGCCCAGCACUACUAGGUAAAGUAAAAGCUAGACAGACCACAGAGGUCUCAUGUAGAAUGUAUUCAGCCUGCUGUAGCAUGUUACUUUAUUUAGUUGCUUUGCUUAAGCAGGGGCUAAAAAUAAAUUCUGUAGUAAUGAGAAGAAACACUGGGCUAAAUUCUGGAACCACUUAACUGAGCAAUAUUAGCAAGCAUUUGAAUUAAAAUGAGGAUUGAAAUCUGAAAUAUGAAUGUUCUUUCAUGAAAAACCAGAAAGAGAGGGGUAGAAUAAGAGCAAAUUCUAUCUCUAGGAAUGGAAAAAGGCCAAAUCUGGUUGACUUUAAAGUGAGCUAUGAUUUACAAAAUGGGGGUUUGGUUUUAAAAUCUUGAAGACAAAAUUUCCAUUUUGAAUUCAGAACCGUAUUGUUUUUGUCUUACUGUGCCUGAUCUGCUCAUGCAGGGCAGGUGUCUGUAUUCCAAAUAGCACUGAAAGCACUAAUAGCACUAAUCACACUUCUGACCGACAGGCCAGAAAAUUUGCCUCUGUAGCAAACUCCAUAUUUGAAAACCUGGAGGGAAAUUUCCAAACAAAGCAAAAAAAUACGUACAAAGUGAUCCAAAGCUGAGUUUUAGUAAAAAAAGAAGAUAAUUUUGUGUCAGUGAGAUCCACAGUUGAGUGGAAGCUUUUCUGAAAGAAGAGCUGCUCUUUUCACCAGCUGAGCACAUGGGAGUUUGGCCCCUGGCUGCAGUGCAUACCUCUACCAAGUGAUUUGUGCAGAACAGCAACAGUCUGGGUAGUAUUGUAGGAGCAUGGAGUGGGCACACUGCCUGUAACUGUUUAGUUUUUAAAAAAACUUAUUAUUAAGCAAAUGUGUAGAGUAUUAAGGAAAUUUGUAGAGUAUGUCUGAUGGUAUGAGUGUGUGGGUGCUGUGCUGUGGUAAAAAGAGAAUUGGUUUAUGCUGGGUAUUUUUGCAUACUUUAGGCUCCUGUAUGGUUUUUUUUUUAAAAUUUAUAUUUAUUUCUCAUCAGAGCUUAGAGUAAUUUUAAAGUUAUAUGACCCGUGAUUUAAUGAAACCUACUGUCAGCAUCUGUUGUAAACAUGUGUUUACAAAACAAACUCUUGAAUACUUGAUACUUGGAAAUAAAAAAUAGCAUAUCA